GCCAUGAAGACAACAGGAGUCUUUGUGCUCCUCGCUCUGGCAGUCCUUUGCUUGGCAAAUGCUGACAAAGAGAACGAGGUGGACUGCAGUGAAUACAGGAGGUUAGAGAGAGGAAGACCCAUUUACUGCGAAAGGCUCUAUCAACCCUUCUGCGGCUCUGAUGGAAAAACAUAUAACAACAAGUGUUCUUUCUGCAAAGCAGUCCUGAGAAGUAGAGGUGCCUUACACGUGAAGCAAGCAGGGGUCUGCUGA